CAUAUAAUCAAUCGGAAUGUUGAAAAAUUAUAGAUUUUAAACCUGUAUACAUCACGACUUGAAAAAUGUUGGAAGCGUGCUUCUUCACCUAUGGCCUCAGAGCUUUUGACAACUAUCUUUUUCUCCUUUCUUUAAUUGUCAACAUUCCAUAAUCUAAAUGUACUUUUUACGGUUCAUAAUUUCGCUUCCUGUUGUUCUGCUGCUUCAAUGAUCCAAGCUCAUGGCCUGAGGCUUCUGGACCUGUUGCAUCCAGAAUGUUGAGUCUCGCUGAAAGUCAUCCCGGUUGAUUUAAAGGCAAUUCAGCAAGUCAAUCCAUCCACCUUCCCCAAGAAGGGAAACUUAAUCGGCUUUGGGAUAUAAUUCUGUUGCCGACAGUGCGCUUACCAGUUCGAUCUCGGCUUGUGUUCCGUUGGAACGCGCACUUUCAUAUCGCGACUUCAUCCGGCACGUGAUUUCUUCCAUCCAGUGCUAUUGGGUAGUGAUAUUGUUAACAAAAGAAUGUUUAGAAGCAAACCGCUGAUCUAGAAGAACUAGAAUGGCAACAACCAAUGGGUCAAGCUGUAACAACAGUGAGAACCAAUCAACCAAAAAAAACAAAAGUUUUCAUGCAGUGAUACAACGAACGUGGGACCAUUUGGAUGAUGUGGAAGCACCAGGAACACCGAAAACUCCUCGAACAUCAACAACACCAGGUCAUGAAAACUGCACUUUUCACCACGAUCUAGAGCUGGACCAUAAACCUCCAACACGGGAGGCAAUGUUGCCGGAAAUGUCCAGAUCGUAUCGGCUUCUGUUGGGUUCUCUUGGUGAAAAUCCAGACCGUCAAGGGCUGCUGAAGACGCCUGAAAGGGCGGCAAAGGCCAUGCUGUUCUUCACCAAAGGAUACGACCAGAACUUAGAAGAGGUUUUGAACGACGCAAUUUUCGACGAAGAUCAUGAUGAGAUGGUGGUAGUGAAAGACAUUGAAAUGUUCUCAAUGUGUGAGCACCACUUAGUGCCUUUCUACGGCAAAGUCUCCAUUGGCUACUUGCCCUCAGGCAAGGUUCUAGGCCUUAGUAAGUUAGCUAGGAUAGUGGAAAUAUAUUCUAGGCGACUUCAGGUGCAGGAAAGACUGACCAAGCAGAUUGCUGUCGCUGUUCUGAAGGCUGUACAGCCGAAUGGUGUUGCUGUUAUCAUCGAAGGAACGCAUAUGUGCAUGGUGAUGCGAGGAGUUCAGAAAAUUAACAGUAAAACAGUAACGUCCACCAUGUUGGGAGUGUUUCGAGAUGAUCAGAGGACUAGAGAAGAAUUUUUGAAACUAGCUCUGGAUCGUUAAAUGGCGUUUAAACCAUACAAGACAAAUCAAAUGCAAUGACCAAUACCAUGUUUAUAAGAAAUAGUGUAUACCUACUAAUAAACUGUUUUUUAUUGCCAAUUUUUCUCCACUAAUAAUGUAAGUAUUAAUUUUGCUGAAAUGCAAUAUAGUUACUAGUCAAUGUUAAUGAAUUUCAACUUUUGCUGGCCGCAUAUAAUUUAGUUAUAUUUAAAAUAUCUUUGUCAUGUAUUUUCGGGUAGAUGUUCUAUCACAGUAGAGCGAACUUAUAAUAAUUCAUGAUAUACAGACAAAACGAUGAUUAAUUGCUUACAUCCCCUCAUUUUCCGGAAUGACCAACUAAAAUUCUGCAGCUACCCAAAGAUUAAUGUCAGGACUGUUACCAUUUUAAACAAUUUCAUCAUUUCAAAUCAAAUAAGUAAAUACAUUAACGAUUUAGCCUUAAUUAAAUAAUUUUAUAGAACUCACAGAGAAAAAAUCAAAUUCAACUAUAGGAAUUUAGCAAAUCUCCAGUGGACCAUCUUGUUGUUAUGUUGUAUGUUACUAUCAUUGUUAAUGUAAAGUAAUCGAUUUUAUGUAUGUUUACUAAAAUAUGCGAGAUUUUAUAAGCCGAAUAUUAAGAUUUGAAUAUACACAUACUUAUUCUGGAGCGUUUUGUGACGAAAACUUCCAAAUGCGCAAUGUUUGUGCAUAGGUUCCCUUGUAAAACGACAAAGAACAUUUUUUUAUUAAAACGUUACUUUAACUUUUGAUUCACCUUAAAUGAAUAGUAGGUAAUAUUUUGCAAGAAAAAAGUCCUUAUUGUAUUUCUACUGAUUUCAAAGUAAAAAGAUAUAUUUUUGUAUAUUUUAUAGCUUAAUCUGAUUUUUUUACUUUAAAAAUUUCUUUGUAUUAUGAUGAAAGAUCAAAGAAAUACUUUUUUUCUUGACAUUUUCAAACCCUUAGUUUCGAUUUUAUCAACUUCCUACUAUGCAAAAAUACUGUUAAUUAAACUGUACAACAUUAGCAUAUUAUAUACAGAGUGGUCUGAGUUUAAGCACCAGCUCAACUGUUGAUUGAAAGUGUGUUUCCGUAAAAAAUCCAUCUAGGCCAAUCUACCAUUCGUUUAGUUAGAUAGAGUGACUUUGCAUUGAGAACACACUUAAAACUGAACCACCCUGUGUAUAAAAAAUAGUUUUAAUAUUCACGAAAAUUGACCAAAUAUUCAGUGGAAUAUGUUUCUAAGCAAAAAUCGUUCGUACAAAAUAUACGCUUCAGAUUUUAAACAGAUCACGGGUGCGAAACUUUUAUGUCGUUGAUAUUGUUUGAACAAUUAGCGAUGAUUUUUAUUACUAUAGGUACAUUACGAAAUUACAUUUAUUGAGUAUAACCAGCGUCUAUUUGUAUUCAAACAUAUAAUCUUGGAUGUGCAGUAUAUAAUAUAUAGAAAUUGUACACUGUGAAUUUUAAUUUAAAUGUAGUACAACUGUGAUAUUUUAAAGAGAUCAUAUAUUUAAAGUGAAGUAGUCGGGCUUCACUUACUCGUAGCCAGGUUUAGUUUUUAUAUAGGCUAACACCCAGGUUUGUUGCCUUAAUUAGUUGAAAAUAUUUAAAAAAACGCUUGUUCUCUUUUUAUGAUACGAAACAAAUUAUUUUUGUGCAAAGAAUAUUUAAGGGUACUUAGUAUAUAAAUGUAUCUGUUAAAGACAAUCGAUUUAUGUAUUUACUCAUGUUAAUGUACUUAAGUGAUGCAAUAAAGCGUCUUCAGGAAAAGAAA